AUGAAUUACUUCCUGUACCCAGAAUUAAAUUACCAACGCGACGAGCUGGAAAUUCUGAGACCGAAAAAGCUGCGACUGCAUUACUGCAGCGGAUGCGGGCGAUCUUAUACACGUGUGGACAGCUUAAAGAGACACCAAUUAAAAUGCAAUGAGUAUUUGAUGACUUCUCUGCAAGACAGCGGAGCUGGAAGGAAUGACGACCGGGAGUAUUUCUGCGAGAACUGCGGAAAGGGCUACAGAAGAAGAGAUUCUCUUUUAAGACACCAGAGAUUGGUGUGUUACAGAGACAAGGCUUAUGAUAAAAAGCGAGAGAAUAGAAACACAUGA